AAUUGGGUUGGCGGCGGCAGAUGAAGAGGCUGAAGAGCUAUUACAUGCACCUGCGGCACCCGCAGACGAUGGAGCGGCGGUGGAUCUUCCCCCUCGCCAUCGGGUCGAUCGUCUCCCUCUUCUUGCUCUUCCUCACCACGCUGACCUCGCCGGAGGGGGUCCCGCUGUUCCCCUUCUACCGGUCCUCCUCCGCGUCGAGCUCCCCCUUCGUCGAAUCCAAGCUCCACCCGCUCCCCGUCUCCGCCGUCCCGCCGCCGCCCCGCUUCGCGUACUUGAUCUCCGGCUCGACCGGGGACGGGUCGAUGCUGAGGCGGACGCUGAUGGCCCUGUACCACCCGCGAAACCAGUACGUCGUCCACUUGGACCUCGAGUGCAAGCCGGAGGAGAGGUUGGAUCUGCAGCGUUUCGUGGAGGCGCACCCCAUAUUUGUGAAAUUUAAGAACGUGAGGAUGAUCACCAAGGCCAAUCUCGUCACCUACAGAGGGCCGACGAUGGUGGCUAACACACUCCAUGCUGCUGCUAUCUUGUUGAGGAAGGGGGAUUGGGAUUGGUUCAUCAAUCUCAGUGCUUCGGAUUACCCACUCGUCUCUCAAGAUGAUCUGCUGCAUACGUUUUCGUACCUGCCGAGAGAUCUUAACUUCAUUGAUCACACUAGCAACAUUGGAUGGAAAGAGUUCCAAAGGGCGAAGCCAAUUAUUAUAGAUCCGGGUUUGUACAUGACGAAGAAAGCUGAUGUUUUCUGGGUUACGCAGAGGAGAAGUGUGCCGACGGCCUUUAAGCUCUUUACAGGGUCUGCUUGGAUGGCUCUGACCCGACCCUUCAUUGAUUACUGCAUAUGGGGAUGGGACAACCUACCUCGUACUGUUCUCAUGUACUAUGCCAACUUCAUAUCGUCUCCAGAAGGCUAUUUUCACACUGUGAUCUGCAAUGCGCAAGAGUUCCGUAACACCACUGUGAACAGCGAUCUCCACUUCAUAUCGUGGGACAAUCCUCCAAAGCAGCAUCCCCAUUAUCUCAACCAUUUGGAUAUGCAGAGGAUGAUCAAUAGCAAUGCUCCUUUUGCCAGGAAGUUCCCCCGGAAUGAUCCAGUGCUCGAUAAGAUCGAUUCCGAGCUGUUGUCUCGCGGGCCUGACAUGCUCGUUCCCGGUGGUUGGUGCAUUGGGAGCAGGGAGAAUGGGAGUGAUCCAUGCUCUGUUGCUGGUGAGCCCACGGUUCUCCGGCCAACCUCAGGAGCAAAGAGGAUUGAGAAGCUGAUCAGCACUCUGUUAUCAAAUGAGAAAUUUCGACCUAGACAGUGCAAGUAGCAAGAAAUGACAACUUAUGCAGUGAUCAUUCAAAUUGGGCUUAAGACGAUUCAAAAGGGAACAAAAUUCAGAAGGUCAGGAACAGGUGAUUGAUUAUAUUUCAUUGGCGGGUGGAAGCUUUGGAUUACAAGGUAUAUGCGGUGGGUAUUACAGAUAUAAAUUCAGUUGUUGGUUAGGAUGCAUGGGAUUUACUUCGCAAUGCUUCUGCUGGAAACUCAACAGACUAACCGUCUUUCGACCAUGUAGCCCAUUUUACCAUUUUGCUUCUCGUUUUGAAAUUGCAUUUACUGCGAUCUGUUUCCCCAUUCUGAAUUGAAGCUUAUUUGUGGGCUGAUGGUGUAUGAAACAUUCGUGGACGAGAAUAUCAAAGAGUUGAAAUUGAUAUCAUUUAUGUACAACUUUGUUC